AUGGGGCUCUGUGGUACAGGCACUAAUGUGCCCACAUUUUGGAGAAAACCUUUUGUGAUGAGGUUUUUACUUGUAUGUCUUCUGUUUGUCUUGUCUGAUGCUGUGCAGGUGAAGGAUUUCCCAGGAUCUACUUUUUGUCUGGACGUUGAGAUCCAAAUAAAGAAGCCUAAAGAUGUUCCUUGGCUUACAUGGCAGGGUCUUCAUGUUAUAGAUUCAUCUGGAUUUGAAGUGGAUGCCUGUCAGAUCCUUCCUGAAGGCAGUUUGCUGACUAUACCUGAGAAAUGUAUCAAUCAUGAGACUGGAGGACGGGUUGCACAUCUUUCCUUGAGGGAUUCAGUGGGGAAUAACGUGGUCUUCCAAAUAUCUUGCAAAGAUGAACAAGCUGACUCUGAAUACAUGGAACCAGUUAUACGGUGUACUCCGGAAUACAUGGAAGCUACAAUAUCAAGGAAGCUGUCUGGCUUUGACGAGGAGGUAGGAUUUGGUUUCAUCAGUAAACCACAACCUCCUGCAUCCACAUGGACCAUUGGAAUUGAUGAUGGCACGCUUGUCAAACUCAAUUUGCCAACUGCCAAGGGACUUGGAUAUGACCUAACUAGUAAUGAAACUUCCCUGACUAUCCGUGUCAAAGUAAAGGCCUUUGGAAUUCAAGAACUCAUUUCACAAGGACAGAAGUUUUACAGUGGGAACAUCGCGCUGAUCCAGGAAAGGCAAAACCCAAAGAUUAGAGUUGAUGUGAAACUGAUCUGCGCUACGGGACCUCCUGCAUGCAAUAAAACCCACAUGACUCUAUCAAUGCCUAAUUUUGGUGGUGUUCUCCAGUAUAUUGAAAUUGGCAAUAAACUGGUGGAAUUGACUACAUAUGCACUUAAAGAAGAAGGGAUAACACUAGACACGGGAAGUGGUGUCCAGCUGAGCUUUGAACUAGCUAAACUGCAGGUUGUUACUGCUCCUAACCAGCAAUCUUACUAUUUGCGAUCUCUCACACUGGUGUUCCUUAUUGAUGAACUGACUGUACCAAUGAACUUAAAUCUUCAGUGUGUCCUUGAAAGACCAGUUAACUUCGAGUGCACACCAGAUGGGUUUAUGAGGUUUGAAGUCCUAGCAACGCUCACCAAACCUAACUUGGAUUUAAAUACCGUCACUGUAAGAGAUCGCAGUUGCCAGCCGCAAGAAAAGACUAGUAACAGAAUUUAUUUUAAAUUUGCUCUAAAUACAUGUGGAACUACGGAAAAAAAUGUAGGUGGAAAAUUACUUUAUGAAAAUGAAGUCAGUGCCCUCUGGAAGGAUCUACCACGAAGGAGUAUCUCAAGAGAAAGUGAACUAAGAGAGACAAUCCGGUGUUUCUAUAAUGGCACUGACUCUAAACCUAUUAAUGUCAGUGUGGUCACACCACCACCACCAGUGUCUUCCAGAAAUGAUGGCCCCCUCUUAAUUGUGAUGAGUGUCUACCCAGAUAUCUCUUACCAGACACCCUACAGUGAUGAUCAGUAUCCAAUUCUGAAGACCUUGCGUGAUCCAAUCUACUUAGAAGUGCAGGUUUUAAAUCGCAACGAUCCAAACAUUGAACUGGUUCUAGAUGACUGCUGGGCAACAAUGUCACAAGACCCAGAAGCUUUACCCCAGUGGAAUGUUGUAGUUGACGGAUGCCAAGAGAGUCAUGAUAGCUAUCUUACAGUCUUUCAUCCUGUUAAUAAUGUGCCACUAGCUACAUACCGCAAACGUUUUGAAGUGAAAGCCUUUGCUUUUAUGCAGGGUGGUCAACUAUCAACCAACUUUGUCUACUUCCACUGCCGUGCCAUUAUAUGUGACAUCACUUCCCCAGACUCGUCACUCUGUUCAAAGAGGUGUCCCCCAUCCAGAAAAAGAAGGGAUGAGCUCUUCCUGCACAGACACUCAACCUUAGCUAGUCCUCCUGGUCCUGUCUGGCUGUUAGAUUCUGAGGCCUCCCUGACUUCUGAAGAUGAGCAAGAUGUUAUAACGCAAGUGACCAUUGGAGUCCUACCUGCCUUUGCCCUGGUUGCUGUGAUUGCCUUAGUUGCUGUGUUCAUAAACCUCAAAUGCAAACCAAAAUCUUGAGCUCAAA